AUGGCUAAGAAUGAAGCUCCCACCAUCGACGUGAAGCUGUUUGUUGACAAGGAGAAGAAGAAGGUGUUGUUUGCAGAAUCCGACAAGGAGUUCGUUGAUGUGCUCUUCGGCUUCCUCACCAUGCCACUCGGCACCAUCGUUCGCCUUCUGGGCAAGCAGUCUCAGAUGGGGUGCCUUGACGAGUUGUACAAGAGUGUCGAGGAUCUCAGCUCCGAGCACUUCCAAACCAAGGCUUCCAAGGCCAUGCUUCUGAAACCGCUCAACGCGGCUUCCAGCCACUGUUGUCGUCUUAAGAUCAACAUCGAUGACACCAAUCCUAGAGCUGUUUAUGUCUGUACAGACACGAAUUGCUGCGCUCAUGGCGAUUGCGCGUUUAGCUCGGUCCCUGACACCCUCUGCAAGUGCGGCAAAGUCAGGGAGUACGCUGGUGAUAGGCCGGAGGGCGACGCCAAAACUACUGCUGCUGGUGGUUCUGGUAAUGGAGUUUUUGUUAAAGGAUGCCAGAAGUUUAUCACCACUGACGAUCUUCAGGUCGCACCAGCCUCCACAUCUCUCAUGAUGUCCCUUUGUUCGAAAUUCGGAGUGCAGGAUCCAGCCGAUCUUGAGCAGAGUAUUCUCCAGCUCACUUCAGAAAAGAUAUCUAGUUUUCUCAAGAGAUCAUUGACAUCCCAGCAGCCUUUAACCGGGCUCUAUUUCGGCAUUCCUAUCCCAUCUGAUGAUGCUAGCCUUGAUAUGCUAAUGCUCCCUCGGAUCCUGUGUCCUGAACAAGCGAGUGAGGCCGAGGACAAGAUAGGCGACGUGAAGAUAAAGGUUCUUCAGACUAAAAUCAACUCCGAUGUACUGUAUGCUGAAGUUGGUCACGAUUUUGUCGAACUUUUCUUUGGAUUAUUGGGCGUUCCACUUGGAUCCAUAACAAAGAUAUUCGGUCAGAGUUCAUCAAAAGGAUGCGUUGAUAAUCUUUACAGGAGCAUAGAUGCUAGUAGUACUGAAGGGUACAUGGGACCAGACUGUCAGAACCUGCUACUGGCCCCAGAGCUGGCAGCCUUCUCUGGUUCCAGCGCAAGCCAUAUCCUACAGGUUAAUGAAUCAGCUCCCAGAAAGCUAAACAUCAAUUCCUGCUUCAAGUGCCUCAAGAUUGGUGGGUUUUCUAAUCUUAGCCGUUGUCGCGUGGUGUACAACUCUAGCUACACCAAUUGUCAAAACGGUAGAAAGACCGCAGUGCUUUGUGAGUUGGAUCCGAAGUCGCCUGGUGGGAAAACUAGCAACUCUGAUGCAUACUAUGUCAAGCGGGCGCCUCAGAGCUUCAUGGUGACUGAUGAUCUCCGUGUCUGUCCUCUCUCUUUGGAUAGCAGCCUGCGAGUAGUCAGUGAGGGCAAGAUUCAGAUGAAGGACCUUGUGGAGAAAGAAGUCACUCUCACAAAGUUCCAGGUUAUAGAGCUGCUGAGAGCAGCCCUGAUAAGCCGCGGCGCUCUCAGCUCGGUGCUUCUGCCUCCCAAGAAGAAGAAGAAUCUGAAACAUCUCAGAUAUUAG